GGAGCGGGACGCGGUACCGGGCAGGGCAGGGCGGCGCGUCCCCGGCGGCGGCGGCCGCGCUUGACAGAGCGGGCGGCGGCUGCGGCCCCAUGGAGCCCAGCUAGGGCUGCCGCACCCUCCGCCGGAGGUAGCUAGCUAACAGUGCCUCAAUUUCUACCUGGUAUUCCAUUUAUGUGUAAGAAGUAAUACCCUACUGUGGAAGAAGCUCAGUGCUGUACAUGAAAAGGCAAGACAUUAUCCAGGCCAAAUUAUGUCGGUGCUGAUGCUCCUGGCAGCGUGGAGCCGCCGCGGGUCCCACUGACAGCGAUGUAGAGGUGGUGCUGGCAGAGCCCAAGAAGCCCUGCGACAUGGAGGAGCUGUACAAGGAUGCCCCCAACCUGCCUAUGGAUGUCACCAGCUCACCCUCGGCGAUGGCCAACAACAAGCUGGAAAAUGGGGUGGCUCAGCUGAUCACAGCAGAGGCUUGGAACAUCAACUCGGCCGACCUGAUGAAGAAGGCCCUUUCCCCGCUGGUGACAGUCCCCGCACCCUCCAUCCUGACGCCACCGGCCGAGUCCCAGAGCGGGGUGGCCCUGAAGGUGGCGGCCACCGUGCUGCAGCCCAUCUGCCUGGGGGACAGCCCCGUGGUCCUGCCCAUCCACCUGCAGGUCGCCGGCAGCGCAGCCCCGCAGAUGCCAGCCACCAAUGCCGCCACCCCCUACGUGAUGACAACGCAGGGCCCCGUGCCGCUGCCCGUCCUCCUGGAGCAGCAUGUCUUCCAGCACCUGAACUCGCCCCUGGUGCUGCCCCCGGGGGCUGCCUGCCCCGCCAGCCCCCUGCACGCCGGCCUCUUCCCCGGCACCGCCACCCCCGUGGGGCAGCCCCAGCUCCUGGACCCCAAGCCCUCCGGCCAGGCGCAGGAGCCCGUCCUGCCCCCGGUGUUUCAGACUCCGGGGUUCGCCGCCGUCCUUCAGGACCUGUUUCCCUCACAGGGCGCCCUGGGCUCAGCCCCGUGUCAGCCGCCCCCCGACUACGCCACCCUCCCACCGCAGGCCUUCAGCUCGCCCCUGUCCCCGCUGGUGCCGCCUGCUACGCUGCUGGUGCCCUACCCCGUCAUCGUGCCCCUGCCCGUGCCCAUCCCUAUCCCCAUCCCUGUCCCCAUCCCUGUGCCCCACGGCGCCGAGGCCAAGGCGGCCCCUGACCCACCCAAGCCGCCACUCUUCACCCCGCACUCCUGCAAGGGCACCCAGACACCCCUGGAGAAGGAGGAGACGAAGCCCUUCGAGCUCCUCCAGCCCCGGGAAUUUCCCCAGCUGAGCCGUCACACUGUCAUCAAGAUGGGCGGUGAGAACGAGGCGUUGGACCUCUCCAUGAAAGGGCCGCCCGCGCUUCGGGCCAGCGAGGCGGUGCCGCCGCCGCCGCCGCCGCCCGAGGACGGGGCGCUGGACCUGUCGCUCGCCUCCUGCCGCAAGCCGGCGGGGCCGCACGGGGACGCGGCCGCUCCGGGCCCUGCCACCACCGCCGAGCUCGCUGCCCACCCCGCGCCGGACAAGCUCCCCGGGCCAGCCGCUCCCUUCGGCUCCUGCAAGCCCCCGGAGGCGGCGGGCAAGGCGGAGGGCCGGGGCGCGGGCGGCGGCGCGGCCGAGCUGCUGCGGCAGCCGCAGAAGUGGCUGGUGGAACAGGCGGGCAGGGCGGGCUGCGAGCCCAAGGCCGGCAACAACAUCGAGAUCGUCAGCACCUCGCAGACAGCCAAAGUCAUCGUCUCCGUCAAGGAUGCCGUGCCCACCAUCUUCUGCGGCAAGAUCAAGGGCUUGUCGGGGGUCUCCACCAAAAACUUUUCCUUCAAAAGGGACCUGCCCCAGGACUCGGUGCUGCAGUGCUACGACGUGAAGAGCCCGCCCGAGCCCCGGGACAGCGCCGAGGCCCUCAGGAAACCCGUCAAAAACAGGAGCGUAAAGCUAAAGAAAAUGAACUCGCCGGAGAUACAUAUUCUUCCAAUCAAGAAGCAACGGCUGGCUGCCUUUUUUCCAAGAAAGUAAAUUAUGGGUUUUUAGAAUUUUAAGAUUAUUAUGAGAAGAAGAAGAAGAAAUAAUAAAAAAAAAGAUGCACUCGGUUUUAAACUCAUUUAAAACUUUAAACUAUCUUUGUAAGUUAUUUUUGGGGGAAGAGGGAGAGGAUUGGAUGUAGAGGUCCUAUAAGCUGGGUUGGUUUGGUUUUUUCUUUUGUUUUUGUUUUUUGGGGUUUUUUUUGUUACCAAAUUUUGACUUUUCAUGGGAAACUGAAUAAAAAAGCAACCUAUUUUUCAAGCAGAUUGCACAUUUUGCAGCUUUAAUGGAGUAAAGGAUGAGUCAGAGGGGUAAGAGCUAUUUUCACUGCCACAAAGUGCUUUGAUGAUGUAACUCUUCAUAACAGUCGGAAUGGAAAUUUCAAAAUAAAUGUUUGUACGUGCUAA